AUGUCGUCUGCUGAUACCGUAAUUCGGGAGAAGGUGCCGAGGACGAUGGGUUCCCGUUUUUCGUUUCUUCGCACCAAACGCACCAUAGCCGUCCUGGUUAUCUUAACUUGUGCUGUGAUCACAUUAAUUGCCCUUGCCGCAGCGCACGUAAUUGGCGACUCGUCUGAUCAACAUCUGAGCGCUGUUGCUGGUAGUAACAACGAUGCCCAACCGCAGACAACAAGUGGGUCCAACGACAAUGACGCAGCAGCGACAGCUUCGUCUUUGGCACCUGCUCAAACCCACAUAUCCGCAACCAAAGCCUCGGCAACAUUGUCGCCAAAGUCUUCAACCACCGCCACCUCUUCGACCUCCGGGGCAACUUCGACGGUCGUAUCUGUACCGGGAAGCAUCGCCAAUGGAACCUCCCUCCGCAUUAUGUGCCUCGGUGCCUCCGUCGUCAAGGGCGAAACGUCCCCCGGCACCGUCGGCUUCCGCCCGACCCUGCGCGACGAAGUGGCCGCUCUUGGAGCCCCCGUAAACAUGGUAGGCUCCGUGUCCUUGGGGGAUAUGAUCGACAACGACAUCGAGGCGUAUGGCGGCUUCAAGAUCAGCCAGAUUUUCAACGCGGCCAAGAAAGUGGUGCCCCAGAUGCAGCCCAACGUCUUCGUCAUCAACGACGGCACCAACAACGUGCUGCAGCAGAAGGAAAUAGCUACCGCCGGUGCCGACAUGGAGAAGUUCAUUAACUAUCUGCUCACGGCUUCGCCAAGGUCCUUCGUCGUCCUGAGCACGCUGCUCAUCAACACGGUAGGCAACGGCGCGUUGGAGCCCGACAUCGAGGACAUCAACCAGCAGUUCCGCGACCUCAUGAAGAAGUUCGAAAAGGAGGGGAAGCCCGUCGUGCUCGCCGAGCUGCAUCCCAGCACUGGUUUGCCAGAUCGACCUCAGACUUCUGACAUUGGACCCGACGGUUCGCACCCCACGGUGAACGGAUACCAAAUCAUGGGACAUCUGCUCGCCGAAGCCAUCAUCGCCGGCGACAAACAGGGCCUGCUACAGGUCCCUGUCGACAACGGCAUUGCGGAUUAUGGCGAGAAGGAGAAGGCGACUGCGGCUACGACGGCAUCUACAGCCAAGAGGACCGCUACUCCGCGACGACGAAGGCGCGUAUGA